AUGGGGACAAUUGGCGCUGCAUCUACAACAAGCACACCCAAAUCCAAAAAUGCUUCAAUCAAGCUGGAGGGGGAGACGGCUUUUGCAUACCCUCCCACCACACUGGCCCUUGUCCAGAUGCUCAGCAGACGGAUAGGCCAGACGACACCGACUCCAAACCCGACUUAUGCUAGUGUGACAUCGAUCUCGCUGACAAAGAAUGCCACGGACUUAACCCUGGCCACAAGGCCCACGGCCUCUGCGCAUCCCGAGAGCCGACCCAAGACAAUGUCUUCGCAAAACCACUCUUCUGCAACAGCCAACAACCUUCAACCAGCCCCAGCUCCACUGGCUACAUCAUCAAAGGCGAGACGUACCAAACGACACAGAAAGCAAGGCUCUCGAUCACCACAACGACUCAUUAUUCGAUGGCUUGGGUACACACCUGCACCCGAGGAGCGACCGACUGAAACCCAGCUCGUGGAAGCCCUAGAGGGGGCAACAGGGCCAGGGAAUCAAGGGAGCUCGCGAAUACGAGGGGGUCGCGUGGACACCGGCAGGCAACUUGGCGGUGUAUACAAGAGCACCGUACACUGCUGCACAGUUUGUUCAACAGAACCAUCUGGGCCGGGUGGUGGAGUAUGCUAUCAGAACAGUCUUCAACAACUGGAACUUAGAGGUGAUUCUGGAUGCUGA